UCUAGAGCAUCCACCAAAGCCCCAGGUCCCUCUUGUGGGGUUGAAUAGCCAGCCUGGCCUCCAGCACAGUCCUCACAUUCCCAGACAUAGUCCCACUCAUGCCGCUCGCUGUUCACCCAAGACCCUUACGUGUCACGGCUGUAUUGAUACUCCUUUGCCUAUUCCCAAAUCAUAGACCCAUGCCCUGUUGCACCUGUUCAGACUAGGCAGUGGUGUCACAAGUACAGGCAGAUUUCAGCCCAGCCCAGCCAGGUGUAUGACCCUGACCCUAAUCUUUCCCACCAUUGCUACAUUUCCAAGACUAUCUUGGCUUUAAAAAAAAAAAAAAAGUCUACAAAAUCUCAGCCCGUGAGGUACCUAGACUUCGUCCUACUGAGCCAUCCCCACAGUUCAGGUUCAACCUAGGAUCAAGUUGCCUCCUCCCCAGCUUACUUUGGUAAGUGGCCAAGACCUUGGAUACCCCAUACUCUAAUGAUUCCAUGAGCUGUUUGGGACAUGCAGUGUUGCCACCAGAGGAGACAUGAGUGUCCUAGUGAUCAAGACCUUCUCUCAUGUACCCUCCUCAUGAUCACAGGCUACCUUGGUUAAUACAACCUGACCAAGAUACCAGCCCAGUGAGUGACCAAGGUUCUUCUUCGAACAGCUUCCUCAGACCCACAGGUCAAGCAGAUCACUGACCAGCUCCUCCUGCCUGGUGAGACCUGGAGAUCCAAUCCUGCUGCUGGCGUACGAAUCCUCGCAGCUCCAGCUUCCAUCACACAGCCUGCCCCAAACCAGCAUCUUGAGUGACCAAGGCCCAGCUGGGUGAGGGGAACAACUCCGCAGCCCUAACGGCCAGCAUGAUCGGAGAAAUCUGUGCCGCUGUGGAAUUCAUCUCCAACUUCCUCAGCAUCAAGGGCCUCAGGAGCGAGCAACAGCUGCGGACCUUCAGCCAGAGCCUGCAGGAGCUGCUGGAGCAACACUACAAACACCACUGGUUCCCAGAGGAGCCCUGCAAAGGAUCCGGCUACAGGUGCAUUCGCAUCAACCAUAAGAUGGAUCCUCUCAUCUGUCAGGCAGCCCAGCGGAUUGGACUGAGCAGCCAAGAGUUGUUCAGGUUUCUCCCAUGUGAACUCACACUCUGGGUUGACCCCUAUGAAGUGUCCUACCGCAUUGGAGAGGAUGGCUCUAUCUGUGUGCUGUAUAAAUCCUUGCCGGAAGGAGAUGGCUUUCAGAACACCACUGAACAGCGAAUGCUAUACACCAAAAUGGGUUACAGGCAGGAAAUUCUCUGGCAAAGACCAAUCCCAUUUCAAACCUACAAUAUGAUGACUGUAUGGGGUCACGGUAUAGUUAGUACAGUCUACAGAUGGGAUUUUUGUUUAGGGAUGGAUUUUGGAAUUUAAGCUCUAAAGACCUACCACAAGAUAGAGUACAGAGAGGUAAUAUUUUUAAGUGACUUAUUGUAGUUUGCACAGUAUCAUUUAAUGGGUUUCUAGCCUGUGAGUCAAGGAUAAAAUCACUUUAUUAGCAAGGCAGUAAAGUCAAAUGUUGGUCCAA